AUGAACGAGAAUAUUGAAACAAGUUCGCAAGCUAAGUUCAUUCCGAUGAAUUUAUCUCAAGAUUUUGAUGACGUUUUCCAUGUACAAGAAAUAGAAGAGGAUUGUACUAAUGUUGAAUAUGCAGAUUUAGGUGAUCCGGUAUACAGUUGUGAUCAGUGCGAUGCUAUUUUUUGGUAUGAAGAAAGGGUUAAUAAAUCGGUUGUAUGCAGAUCACCAAAGUAUUCAGGAUGUUGUGCUCAAGGGAAGAUUAAGUUACCGUCAAUGACAGUCCCUCCCAAAAAAUUGCAUGACCUGUUCUUUGUUCAGGGUGACAAAAGGACAAAUUUUUUAGAACAUAUUAGGACAUAUAAUAGUAUGUUUUGUUUUACUUCAAUGGGUGGUAAAGUUGACAAGUCUAUAAACCGUGGAAAUGCCCCACCAAUUUUUAGGAUAAAUGGUCAAAAUUUCCAUUUGAUCGGAAGCUUAUUACCUGCAGAUGGUAAUCAACCAAAAUUUGCCCAGAGUGACGAUGGUAAAAACAGAAUUCAUGAUGGUGUUGUUGCAGACAUAAAAGAAGUAUUAGAUGAGCAUAAUGUGUUAGUUAAAUCGUUUCGGAUGGCUAAGGGUGAGAUUGAGUCUAACCCCCGAGUGGAUGUUAAAAUGAGACUCAUUGGUAAAAGAAGUAGUGAUGCAAGAACUUAUAACUUACCAACGGCCUUCGAAGUUGCAGCACUAAUAGUUGGUGAUCUAGAUCCAAUGUUAGGGCAACGAGAUAUUUUGGUUGAGUCCAAAUGUGGAGAAUUGAAGCGUAUAAGUGAGUUGAAUCCAUCUUAUUUGCCCUUACAAUAUCCUGUUUUGUUCCCAUACGGUGAGGAUGGUUAUCGUGAAUAUAUACAGUUCACUGUACCAAAAUCAAGUUCUACUCUUGGAAGGCAACGAAUAUCCCAAAGGGAGUUUUUCUCUUUCCGUAUACAUGAGAGGGUAGAGGAGGUCAACACAAUCUUAUAUUCGAAGAGGCUGUUGCAACAGUUUUUGGUUGAUGCGUACACCAUGGUCGAAUCCAGUAGACUAACAUACAUUCGGCAGAAUCAAAAGUCAUUGAGGUGUGAAGCAUAUAAAGGGUUAUCAGAUGCAUUGACACGAGGUGAAAUUGACCCUAGCACUCAAGGUAGACGAAUUGUCUUGCCGUCAAGCUUCACAGGGGGGGCUAGAUACAUGAUACAAAAUUAUCAAGAUGCCAUGGCUAUUUGUCGAUGGAUUGGGUACCCGAAUCUGUUUAUUACAUUUACAUGUAAUCCAAAGUGGCCAGAGAUUCAGCGAUACAUAAAGAAACGAGGAUUAAAUGCUGAGGAUAGACCCGACAUAGUUUGUCGAAUUUUUAAAAUAAAACUGGAUUCCCUUAUUAGGGAGAUAAGGGUUGGUCAAUUAUUUGGGGAAGUUAGAUCAGUGAUAUAUACUAUUGAAUUUCAAAAGAGAGGGUUGCCCCAUGCCCAUAUUCUACUGUUUUUGUUAAGACAAUGUGUUGAAUUAUCCACGACUUACAUGGAUGACAUUAUCUCAGCUGAGAUCCCCGACAAAGAUUGGGAUAUCAAAUACUUUAAUGCAGUUGAGGAAUUCAUGAUUCAUGGGCCUUGUGGUGCUGCAAAUAAGAAGUCUCCAUGCAUGGCAAACGGAAAAUGUUCAAAGCAUUUUCCCAAAACAUUUGUAGAAUCUUCUUCCUUAGAUGAUGAUGGUUACCCAAAGUAUAGGAGACGUGAUGAUGGUCGAACAGUAGUGAAAAAUGGUACGCAGUUGGAUAAUCAAUAUGUAGUCCCACAUAACAGGUACCUUCUUCUUAAAUACAAUGCACACAUCAAUGUUGAGUGGUGUAACCAAUCAAGGUCUAUCAAAUACCUUUUCAAGUAUGUGAACAAGGGAAACGAUAGAGUGACUGCUGAGUUUUAUAAAAGUACAGUGGAUGAAAAUUCUAAUGAGGUUAUAGAUGAGAUAGGCAUGUACUAUGAUUGUCGUUAUGUUUCUGCAUGUGAGGCCACAUGGCGAUUGUUCAGUUUUGACGUCCAAUUUCGAACGCCAUCUGUGGAGAGAUUGAGUUUUCAUCUGCCAAACUGUCAGUCAGUGAUUUUUGAGGAUGACGAUAGUAUUGAACGAGUGUUAAGUCGUCCAACCGUAGCUCAGAGCAUGUUUACUGCUUGGUGCCUUUUGAACAUUGUACGUGGUCCUACCAGUUUUGAAGACAUCAAGACAUUUAAUGGUGUAAGUCACUUGACGUUCAAGGAUGCAUGUUAUGCCCGCGGUUUGCUAGAUGAUGAUAAGGAAUAUAUUGAUGCAAUCAAUGAGGCAAGCCAUUGGUCGUCCGGGCACUCAAUGAGAAAACUUUUUGUUAUAUUGCUAACAUCAAGUUCAAUAGUAAGGCCAGAAUCAGUCUGGGGUGCUACAUGGCAACACCUUUCUGAAGAUGCAGAAUUCUACCAUAGGCGAAUAGCUGGAAAUCAAGACUUGAGUUUGACUGAAGAUUCGAAGAAAAAUUAUGCUUUGAUGGAAAUAGAAAAAUUGUUACAAGUCUAUAAUAAGUCUUUAAAAGACUUCCCACCAAUGCCAUUACCCAACUUGGCUGAUAUAUCAUUACUUAGUAAUAGAUUGUUGUUAGAAGAAUUGUCAUAUGAUCGUGAAGCUCUAUCUAAAGAGAGUGAGAUGUUAACUUCGAAAUUCACAGAUGAACAAAGGGUUGUAUAUGACACGAUCAUGGGAGAUGUUCAAAAUAAUAAUGGUGGUUUAUUCUUCGUAUAUGGUUACGGUGGUACCGGAAAAACCUUUCUUUGGAGGGCGUUAUCAGCAUCAUUGCGAUCUAGAGGUGAUAUUGUGAUUAAUGUAGCUUCAAGUGGUAUCGCUUCCUUGCUUCUACCUGGUGGUCGGACUGCACAUUCAAGAUUUUCAAUACCCAUAUCAGUAAAUGAGGAUUCAACAUGUAACAUAAAACAUGGUAGUCAUCUUGCUGAAUUGGUUAUAAAGACAAAGCUAAUAAUAUGGGAUGAGGCUCCUAUGAUGCACAAACAUUGUUUUGAAGCUCUUGAUAGGACGAUGAGGGACUUGCUUAGAUUCAACAAUCCUUUAAGUGCUGACAAAACAUUUGGUGGAAAGACAGUUGUAUUUGGUGGAGACUUUAGACAAAUACUGCCUGUGAUUCCAAUAGGCACAAGGCAAGAUAUUGUUGGCGCAACUAUAAAUUCUUCAUAUUUGUGGGAUAAUUGUAUAGUUUUGCGAUUGACAAAGAAUCUUCGUCUCAAUAGAAUAGAAGCUGGUGCGGAUCAGUCUGAAGUUGAGCAGUUUGCUAAUUGGAUUGCUUCUAUCGGUGAUGGAAAAAUUGGUGGUCCAAAUGAUGGCUAUGCAGAUGUUGAUAUUCCGCAUGAUUUGUUACUACAGUGUGACGGUGAUCCGAUCAAGACGAUUGUUGAUUCUGAGUGUAAAACAUACUUCAGUUGCGACACUGUAUGUAAAUCAGAUUCAGUUAGCGGUAUAUUGGGAGAUGUUCACACCCCAGAGUUUCUCAACGGGUUGCGAGCAUCUGGGAUCCCCAACCAUGCAUUAACAUUGAAAGUUGGAUCACCUGUAAUGUUGUUGAGAAAUAUAGAUCACUCAUUAGGCUUAUGUAAUGGUACAAGAUUGGUUAUUACAAGAUUGUCCGAACAUGUUAUCGAGGCCAAAAUUUUGACGGGUGACAAUGCCGGUAGUUCGGUCUUGAUACCUAGAAUGUCUAUGACUCCAUCAGAUACAAGAUUGCCUUUCAAAUUUCAAAGAAGACAGUUCCCAGUAAUGUUGUCAUAUGCCAUGACAAUAAAUAAGAGUCAAGGUCAGACACUAUCGCAUGUUGGGUUGCUAUUGAAGAAACCAGUGUUUGUACACGGACAAUUGUAUGUGGCAGCGUCUAGAGUUAGCAAUCCUAAGGGCCUGAAAAUUUUAAUUUGUGAUGAUCAUAAUAAGAAUUGUACUUCAACAACAAAUGUUGUUUACCAUGAAGUUUUUAAUAAUUGUUAA